AUGGACCGGGACAGCAGCACCGCCCGCGAGCCGUACGAGCGCGUGACGGUCGAGAACCUCCGAAAGGAGGUCGCGCGGCGCAAGCUCAAGCUCAUCAAGCGGGGCCCGGACUCGAACAACACCAAGGAAUGUCUCGUUCAGUUGCUGCGCGACAACGACCGUGGCAUCGACCAGCAGGUUGUCGGCUGGCGCCAGCGACCCAACGACGAGGUCGGUCGCAGCCCCGUGCCGCGCAUCGCCGCUGCUGUUAGCGUGUCAACCGACCAGUUCCGACCCGUGCCGCCGGCGCCUAUACUGCUGCCAAUCCCUGUCUUUUCCAACGCACCGUCGCCGAUGAUUCGGCCGCGGACACAUGGCGGUGGCAGCCCCGGCGCCGCGACCAGCGACGACCUCCGCACCGCGCCCGACGGCGGCCAGUCGCACACCGCACUCGAGCACGAGUCGGACGAAGAGCAGUUGGACCACGCAAUCAAGUCGCUCGAUAUGAUCUCGCGGGCCUUGGUGAGCGUGAACUCGGUGAUCGCAAACCUCCGCGACGAGCUCGUACACACGACCGAGCGCAGUGACGAGCACGAGUGCAUGGUCGCGACGCUUGGCCACUUUAAGCGCGUGCGGAUGGAGUUCCUGAAAGAGACACAGCACUUUACGUGGGUUUCCACGCACGCGAUGACCAGCCCACAAGCCCAAAGCCGGCCGCCGAUCAACAAUGCGCAACCGCCAACCUCGAUGCCACGGACGUCUUCGUCGUAGCCGAAGACGCUCUCGUCAACGGUCGUCCGUAUUAAUUAAUGCAACCACUGUACCAGUCGAGACAACGCUGGUAUAGCACGCAGA